AUGGGACAGGGCCACGUGAUCCAGGCCAAAAUCGGAAUGAGGCCUAAGAAGAAAAAGAGCAGCAGAGGCGCUGCAUCCGAAAAUGCCAAUUUUCUUCUUGGAUCAGCAUUCCUUGCAACAUCCUCCCCAUUGAUCCAGCAUUCUCUCGACCACGACGACGACGACGUUCCGCACCCUUUUGUCGAGCAUAGAGCGUACGGCUUUGAACAGAUCUGGCCAUCCAACGCCCGGUCCAGCGCUCUCACAAUACUGCAUAACAAGAUGCGUUCACACAACUUUGCUAGGACGGUGCUCCGUAGCGCUGCACGCAACAACGUCAGCUCGCAACCGCAGAUCGCACGCUCAGCGUCGCUGAACCUACUCCCGCAGCGUGUUGCCGUUCAUACCGCUGUAGCAUCCACCUUUACCACAUCAUGCAGCUCAAGUCCGCGAGCAUUCAGCUCAAGCAGUGUGGAUCUCAAGAAGAAAUCCAAGAAGAACGCCUUUGCUGCUGUGGAAGACGACAUGAUCUCCGAGCAGCGAGAGCAAAACGACGAAUUUGCGCAAGAGGACGAUGAAGAUCUCUUUGGCGGUGUCGCAGAUGUCAGCAGUGCUCCUUCUGGCUCGUCUACGGGCACAACGACCGCAUCCAUGUCGCGCGUCGAGUUCGCCAAAGCUUUGGAAGACUACCGUGCUAGUCUCGAUUGGGAGUCCAUCGACCGGGGACAGUUCCCGAGCCUUUCGCGUUGGCGCAACCUCGCUGGCCAUGCCAUCGACAAGCAAGAGUUUGAGGCUUUGCUGGAAGUAGCAAAGAUGUACCGUGACAGGGUGGGCAGUCUUGGUGUUGAGAGUGGGGCGCGAUUCGCUUCGAGGGCCAGCAAGAAGAGGCUGCCCGAGCUGGCGUUGAACGCAUUCUUGGACCGAUAUGCGUACGGACUCGAGUACGACUUGGAAAGCCUGCUCGUGGUCCAGGAAGGGUUGGUGAGGAAGUUGGGCAGAGGUCAGAGGGAGGAGAUCUUGGCAAGUGCUGAGAUCGAAGGCGCCCCCGUGCAGGAGAGCGACUUGCUCGGUGUGGUGCCUUCGGACAGCGGGGCUAGCGAGGAAGGUGCAGAGGCGGAUGGGAAGGCGCAAGCCAUCGAAGCACGCCAUGAGCUGGACAUGCCUCUUGCAAGGGCGCAGCUUUCGAUCAUCGAUCGAAUGUCGAUCCUGACUUCUUUGUCCGCUACCCUCUCCUCUACACCUGCCCCUUCACCAACAUCCCAACUCGAUCCUUUCCUUGUUUCAUACCUCACACGAGCGUACAUACAAACCUUCCGCCUCGUCGCGGAUCGCCGUCGCACCGCCACCAACCCGCUCCUCACUCAAAUCCUCGCACGAACAGACAAGCUCGUCUCGCUCCUCACUUUGUCCGCCCAGCAAUCCCUCUCCUCCCCUCCUGCAGCUAGUGCGGUAUCGCCGGCCCAACGCUCAGCUAUCUUGGGUAGGAACCUCUCGGCAACCCUCAGCUACGUUGCCAUCCGAGGCCAGGAUAAGUUCAAGGACCCGCUCUCCGGUGAAAAACUGGACCCCGUUAGGACGCUGUACAGAUUUAUGGACCGAGUGGAUCGAGAGAAGAGCAACACACUCGUCAGGAAGGUCGAACCUUUGCUACAGACGUAUUCGUCGCUCUGA